GUCAAAGUCUUCAAUUACUUAUUGAAGUGUAAAAUAAGUUCAUUACCUUUCCCACCUAUCAAACACAUUUGUGCACAAAUCCUCACUGAUCUUCCCAACUGUAGAUUUUCAUAUUAUUAUUUCUGCAUUAUAUCCUCAAAAUUUAUACUAACAGAUAUAAAAAUUAUUUAUUAUGUAUAAAUUACUCCCACAAAUUAAUUAUUUCCCAGAUUUUCAAAUAACUCCAUUACCAUCAUCUCAACAAAUAAUCCCACCUCAAUUCAAGAAAACAGCAAUCUUUGCAGGAGGAAGUUUCUGGGCAGUUGAAGCUGCAUUUGGAAGUAUCAAUGGAGUUUACAAUACUUCUACUGGUUAUUUUGGAGGAAGUUUUAGUAAACCAUCACAUAAAGAGGUAUGUGAAGGAAGAACUGGUCAUACAGAAGCAGUGAAAUUAGUAUAUGAUAGCAGAAUCAUAUCAUUCUCAUCACUAUGUGAUCUUUUUUGGGAUAUUCACGAUCCCACCAACAAGGAUUAUCUUAAUUUUGGGUUAAAUACCCACCAAAGAUCAGUGAUUUUUUACUCAACAGAAGAGGAAAGAAAAGAAGCACAAAAAUCAAAGAUUAGGAAGCAAAUGAGGCUAAAUAAGAGAAUUGUAACAAAAAUUUUGGCAAUUGGGAAAUUGGAAUUCUACUUAGCAGAAAAUCAACACCAGAAAUAUUAUUUGCAAAAAUACCAUUGGCUUUGUGGAAGUUUGGGACUAAGAAGCACACAACAUUUUGUGGGCUCAUUUAUUGCUUGCAAACUUAAUGGAAUAUUGGGGAUGAGUAAAGAGCAGAUAGUUGAUAAAUUAGCAACAUUUCUGUAAAAUCAAGAACUGCCUAAUCAUGCAAAGUUAGAUUGUAAAGAGAUUAUUAAAGAUUUUAGAGCAUUGGACCAAAAAUAGGACACUAAUGCAUAUUCAUAAAUUACUCUUAUUAUGUGUGUUAUUGUCACACUAGUGUUAUGUGUUCCUAAUUUUAUAAUACACUGGCUAUUUUGUCUUAUCAACAUCAUUAAUCUAAUAUUCCAUCUAAUAUUUCGCGUAUGCGUCAUUAGAACU